AUGGUCAAUAUAUUUGGAAUACACGCCGAAAAAGCAAGCAAAUUUCCACCAGCCGAGGGAGACAAAGAUGCUAUCCCACCGGACCCUAUUCGAGCCAAAGAGCCUACGUUACCUCUGACGGAGCACCACACCAUCAAGGGUGUCUCUGGGCAUGAGCUCGACAACGACCCAGAAAACCACGACAGAAGAGUCCUGAUUGCAUAUGAUGAAUCUUCAGAAUCGAAGGGAGCGCUUCAACACUAUAUCGAUUACAUCGCUCAAGACAACGACCACAUUUUCCUCGUCACCGUUCUCAGACCACUCGAGAGACAUCUCGAUUAUAGCGUUUAUUGCGCCGAAGAAGAGGCAACAGAUGCCGGUAGGAAGAUUGAUCCACGCAUUGGGGCUUUCUUCCGAGAUCGCAAUGAUGCUUUGAAGAGGUUGAAGGAAGAGAGAGAGAGAAUCACACCACUGCUUGCACCACGCAAUAUCACACUCACAUUACAUGUAGCUCAUGGUGAUCCAAGAGAGACAAUCCCACGUGUAAGCAAAUGGCACUCAGCCCAACUCAUCAUUGUCGGCAAACGUACUCUGGGAAGAUGGCAGAAGAUUUUCCACCCAUCUGUUUCACUUGCUGUUAUCGAACAUACUAAGACGUCAGUAUUGGUCGUCCAAUAACUACUCACGAAUUUUGUAACGAUUACGAUUUCAUGAAUGUGACUGCAAAAGCAGAC